CCCCCGAGGGGCGCGGGCACCGGGAGCGGGAGCGGGAGCGGGACACGGAGCGGGACACGGAGCGGGACACGGAGCGGGACUCGCCGGUCCGUGCGGGGCAGCGGCCGCGCCAGACUAUAUUUUAUAAGAAGAUGAAGAACAGAAAGCAAUGUAUUCAAGAUACUGAGGAUCAGAAGCAUGAAGGCAUGGAAGGUGAAGAAAAUGAAGAAGGCUGUUCCUGUUCUACUUUAUUGUGCGAUGGCAACACAUGCCCCAUCUGUCUGAACUGCCUUCUAGAGCAAGAGAUUGGUUUUCCUGAGAACUGCAGUCAUACCUUCUGCAUGACUUGUAUUCUUAAAUGGGCUGAGACACAGGCGUCAUGUCCUAUCGAUCGCAGACCAUUUCAAGCGGUGUGCAGCCUGGAUACAUUAGACAAACAGAAAAAGGUUCAGGUUAAAAAACAGCAGAGGAAGGAAGAAGAAGAAACCUGUGCCUGCAAUAAGGAAACUUAUAGCCAUAUGAAGAUGAGAGGUUUUGUGAGAAGAUCUGUAUGUCCAGUCAGAGGGCUGUUAACAACAAAAUUAAGUAAAGUUGUGAAGAAAAAAUACAGUAAUAUUUUGUAUGACAAACGAAACAAGAAAGCUUUGUCUGGGAAGAUAAAUAAGCCCAGAAGACAGACCUGCUGGAAUGAGUGCAUCAGAACUAAUUUCUUCAGGACACUUCUGGCCAGUGAUAGCAGGGAAGAAUCCUUUUUUAGCUGUAGAAAUGACUGUACAGAAUUCACAGAAGUCAACGCAGGGAUCAGACAGAAGAGACAAGAACUGGAAUUGUCCUGUUCAUCUCUGAUUGCUAGAGUUGAAAGAGUUCCUUUAAUGUCAUAUGGAGCUGAAGCCGAGACCUUUCUUCUCACUUCUACUGCAGUGGCAGGGACAAUUCUUCCAACAAAUAUCAGGCCUUUGGAAAACUUUGAAUCUUUAGGCAAAGGAUAUGCUGUUGCUUGUACCCAAGAAGGAGAAGAGAAAAAGGAAACUUCUGGUUCAUCUGGCACUAGAGGAAGUAGGAGGAAAUCAGUUAAUACCACUCCUACAAGAAGGUCUGCACGAAACACCAAAAAUGAGACUCUGAGUCAAUCUCGGAGCUCACCUCGAUCGAGUGGUUCUGCUUGCAGUGCCCCUGGCAGCAGUAACCCAUCCCUGAAUAAAACUCAUUCAGAGCCAGAGAAGGCUCCUCCAAAACGCAAGUCUAAAAGAGCAGCUAAACAACAAACACCUGCGGUGAAAAAGAAACUGAGAAGUUCUGCGCGUUCUGAAAAAUCACCCAGUGGCUCGGUGGAAGAUGAAGAUGUUACUGAGUCUGAAGCAGUUCUAGCAUUAGAUAAAGACCAUCAGUCAGAUAAUGAAAGCAGUAACACAAGCCUUGCACAGAAGAAUAAUGGGGAGACAGAGUCUGCUAAUGGAUUGGAAAGCUGUAGUGAACAUGCAGAAAUUGAGGAAACUACAGGAGAAUGCAACAAAGAUGAAGAUACUUCAGGCAAUGUGGAUGUAAGUCUUACUGUCCAAGAACCUCCAGUACUAACUUUAGGAUGUGAAAGUCAGGAAUUUGAAGUAAAAGGUGUUACUGAAAGAAAUGUAGAUCUUACUGAUCAGGACAUCUGUGAAAAUUCUCUUGAACAAACAGAAACAGUAGCUAGUCCCAAAGAUGAUACAUGUGACCAUACAACUUUUGAAAAAGUAAAUCAGACAUCAUGUAGUCCUCAAAAUGAAUCAAUGGAAAAUGUAGAAACUUUGACAAAAGUAGAUCAACCCAUAACUAGUCCAGAAAAUGAAUCAUCGGAACAUCCAGAACCUUUGGGAAAAGAUCAGUCAUCAGAGAGCCCCAGAAGAGAAUUAUCUGAUCAUCCCAAAGUCAUGGAAAUAGAUGAUUCUGAGACUGAACUAAAACCAGUAGUAGACUGUGCGAGUCCGAAGACUCUUCAAGAUGAGGAACCAGAUACGCUAAUACACAGUAUUUCUGUGGACAGUACAUCAGAACAGUCCUUAAAAGAGAAUACCAUUUCAGAAAGUGAAGAGGGUGGAACUUCAGAAUCACUCCAGGUAAAUGCUGAACAGAAACAUUUUGGUGAAGAUAACAAUGAAAUGAUACCAAUGGACUGUGACUCAUUUUGCAGUGACCAGAAUGAACCUCAGAUUGAGCAGUUACCACCAGCUGAAAGUGCAGAGCAAGAAGAAGUGAAUUCCUUACAGCAUGAUGUGGGAAACUGUGCAUCAAUUUCUGAUAAAAAAGAUGAAACUGUUCCUCAAGAAGGAGAGUGCCCAGAACUCAAAAAAGAGAAAAAGACUCGAACUAGAAGAUCUAGGUUUCACUCUCCAUCGACAACUUGGUCUCCUUCUAGGGGAGAGGGCAGGAAAUCUCAAUCACCGUCCCCUAAAAGGGAUAUGAACAGAGACAGGAGCUCACGAUCACCCAAGAAGGAAACUGUGAGGGAGGGAAGGAGGUCCUUAUCAUGUUCUCCAAAGAGAGAAACACUCAGAGAUGAGAAGAAACCACCAUCUCGAUCUCCCAAAAGGGAAACUGUCAGGGAAAGCAGGAGAUCAUCCUCUCAGUCAAGAACUAAGGAUUUGUCUCCAAGGCAAAAAUCUAGGUCUCGAAGCAGUGAUAGAGGUUGUCAAAGAAGAGAUCAUGACAGAGAAAGAAGAAAUAGAAGGUGGUCUAGGUCACGGUCUAGGUCAAGAUCACGAUCUAGGACAAGAAAUAAAGGUUCUUCAUUCUCUAGAAACGAGAGGGAAAGUCAUUCCCCUCGAUGGAAAGAGAGAUGGACAAAUGACAGCUGGAGGAGUCCCAGAGGAAAUGAUCGAUACAGGAGAAAUGAUCAAGAGAAACAGAGUGAAAAUCUUAAAAAAGAGAAGGAUAGUUCAGAAAAAAGCAAUGAUGAUCAGUGUUCUUCAGACAAGCAGAGGAAUGAUUGUCCAGACUGGGUAAUGGAAAGAAUAAACUCCGGUCCUGAAGUCAGGAACAGAGAGAGAGAGAAACCACAUUGGGAAGACAGCAGGCAUGAUAAUUCAGGACACUCUUGGAAUAAAAACUUUGGUUCAGGUUGGACUCCAAAUCGAGGGAGAGGUCAGCGUGGACGAGGUGGGCGUGGGCGAGGUGGUUUCAUGUAUGGAGACCAGAGUGAAAAUCACUGGCAAAACAGGAAACCUCUCUCAGGGAACUCAGAUGGUCCUGGGAAUGAAGCUUCAAGGUUCUCAGAACAUCAGCCCUACAAGCGUAAGAAUGAACAAGAUUGUUUGUUUGAAACGCCUGCUGACAGAUCUGGGUGGACAUCUGCAUCCAGCUGGGCUGUAAGAAAGACUUUACCUGCUGAUGUGCAGAAUUAUUAUUCGAGAAGGGGACGCAAUUCAUCAAGCCCACAGUCUGGAUGGGGAAUGAGACAAGAAGAGGAGACACCUGAACAAGAUCCAAACCCCAAAGACCAAGGCAACCAGCAAAGUGAUGGUUCUCAGUUACCAAUAAAUAUGAUGCAGCAACAAAUGAAUGUAAUGCCACAAGUGAAUGCACAGCACCAACCUAUGAAUAUCUUCCCGUAUCCAGUGGGUGUCCAUCCUCCCUUGAUGAAUAUGCAACGAAAUCCUUUCAACAUCCACCCUCCAAUGUCCAUGCAUCUCCCUGCUGGAGUGCCUCUCAUACAGGUAGCUGCUCCCACAAAUAUUUCUCAGGGAUUACCUCCGCCUCCACCUCCACCCCCACCAUCUCAGCAAGUCAGCUACAUUGCUUCACAGCAAGAUGGAAAACAAUUGCAGGGUAUUCCAAAUGCUGCUCAUGUAAGCAAUAACAUGAGUGUUCCAGCCUUGCCUGCUCCAACAGCAGUCCUGGGAAAUGUGGGAACAGUUCAGGGACCAAGUUUGGGUAAUGCAACGUCAUCAGGUCACAUCAAGAGCUCUAAUGCAGCUGUAAAAUCAGGAGAAAACAAAGCCAGUGUAACCGUGGAAGCCAGUGCAGACAGCUCCAAGAAGGACCAGAAAUUGUUAAUCCAAGAAAAAGCAGCACAAGAGGUCAAACUAGCUAUUAAACCUUUCUACCAAAACAAAGACAUCACUAAGGAAGAAUAUAAAGAAAUUGUGCGGAAAGCUGUAGAUAAAGUUUGUCAUAGCAAGAGCGGAGAAGUUAAUUCUGCAAAAGUGGCAAAUCUAGUGAAAGCGUAUGUAGACAAAUACAAACAUUCACGGAAGAAGAAUCCUGAAGAGGCAGUUUCCUGUGAAAGGAAAUAGAAUAUGUUUUCAUUUUUUAGUUUUAUUCUAUCCGCAAAGUGCAAUUUCAACAUGAACUGUUAACUGAAAAUUGUACAUGACAGUGAUUUGAAUUUGGUUUUGAUAAAAUUAUUUUUCAAGGUAGUAUAUAAUGUUUUGUUCUAAAGAAAUAUAGAUCUGCAGGGCAACUUCUUUAUUCCUUUUUAAAAACAGAUGUCUAAAAAGAAUAAAGGUGUAAAGAAGAAUCAUUAGGAAUUUAUGAUUGUGUGGAUACUUAGAUGUACAGCAUUUUGACUUGAAUAACAGUUCAUUAAAUUAGAAACUUCUGAGUACGUUGGGUUUGGAACAGGUAUGUACAGUACAUGUAAUCAGUCAGAUUAAAGUAAAUUUUUUCUUUUGAUUGCUCCCUAAUUAUAGCAAAGAUAAAAUAAUUAAUCACCUUGACAAAUAUUUCUAGCGUUAACUGGACAGGCUGAAUGCAGGGGUCACAACGUGUGUAUUAAAAAGGCACAUAUUGUUGUCUGAACACAAGAACUGUUUAGAUUUUAAAAACAAAUAUCAUAAACAGUAAAACGUGGUGCCCAAAAGCAUGGACGCUGCACAUCUGUUGUAACACCAAAUAAAAAUUAUGCUGCUUGGUA